AUGAAGUUCACUGCCGCCAUCUGCCUUGUUGCAGGCUAUGUCAGCCUCGCUGCUGCUGCCGGUUGCCAGGUCGAGCUCCUUAACAUUAACCAGGCAGUUGUUGGCACUGGUUGCGUGCAAAUGAACUACUACGCCAACAUCUACGACUCCACCAGACGCGCAGGCUACACUGUCAACGCUAAUAGCAACUGCGGCCUUAGCUUCGGCAACAUUCAAGUUAUCCCCGAUGGGUACUCUUUGCGUCAAGCAGGCUACUGUUAA